UCUUUCUUUCUUUCUUUCUUUCUUUCUUUCUUUCUUUCUUUCAUGAUACGGACAAAUGUUUUGAGCUGGGAAAUUAUUCCGAAUUUCCACAGGAGUUUUGGCACGUUGGGGGGGAACAACUUUGUAUCCAUCAUUCCAGCGACCUCUUGGGUGCUGACUUCACUUUAGAUUUCGUCACUUGUUUUCGGACCGAGGGCUCCAGCGACAAUUUCUUCGGCUGCUUUUUCAUGACUCGGUAGCUGGCUCCUUGGGAGAGGUUUUCCUCAACGGAUUUUCAGGAUUCUCCCUCUCCUCUUCCACCAAUGAACCAUUAGACUCUUUCGGGAGCCGGGAUGAUUUUCGAAGGGGAUCUUCGCUUUCGGAAGAUGGGUCAAGUUAGCCGGUGCUUCCUCUCAUGUUUGCUGGCUUGGUGGAUGGGCAUCGGCAACCCCCAGGAAGCUGGAUACUUCCAAGAAAGUCCUUCCAACCUGACCUCGUCUUUGGGGAAGGACGCGAAACUCUUCUGCUCUGUCCUCGCUCUGGGUGAGGCACCGGAGAUCAGCUGGCUGAGAGAUGGCGUGGCCUUGGAAUUUGCCGAUAGUAACCAGGUCCAGGUGCCUUUGGAAGAAGACGAAUGGAUGACCACCAGUGAACUGAGCAUCCCUUCCCUGCAGCUCUCGGACAUGGGAAAUUACCAGUGUGUGGCCUCCGUGAACGGAUCUGAAAUCUUCUCUGAAGGAGCUCAUCUGCAGUUGGAAGGUCUCCCCUUUUUCUCCGAUGAACCCCAGGAUCUGGAGGUCACAGCUGAUACCCCGUUCAACCUCAGCUGUGGAGCUCAGGGACCCCCAGAACCUGUCUUGGUGAUCUGGUUGCAGGACAGUAUUCCCCUCAAUUCCUUGGGUGAUCCCCUGGCACAGACGCCUUCCGUGUUGAGGGUGAGAGGGCUGAAUCACAGCGCGUCCUUCUCGUGCGAAGCCCACAACGCCAAGGGCGUCAGCACAUCCCGAACUGCGGUGGUGAGAGUGCUACCUGGACGGCCACAUGACUUAUCCGUUGCCCAUCGCAAUGACCACAGCUUGGACGUGAUGUGGGAGCCCGGUUUUAGCGGGGCCUAUGCACUGGAGUUCUGCACCAUCCAGGCUGUGCGCUCAGAUGAAGACAGCCCAGUUUCCGAUGAGCUGUAUAACCGCACGAUCCGUGUCCCCCCUUUCAGCCACACGCUGAACGGCUUGACACCCUUCACCACCUACCAUGUGCGCGUGGCCUGUCAUUCCACAGAAGGCAAUUCACCAUGGACCCACUGGGUGGCUAUGGACACCUUGGAAGGGGUACCUGCAACCGCGCCGGAGGGCAUCGUGGCCAUUCAGAAUGGCAGCUGCACCAUCAUACAGUGGGGGGAACCACGGGGCAACAUCAACGGGGUCCUUCGAGGCUACAAGCUGGUUUGUCAAAGUGGCGAUUCACCUGAGGUGAUUGUGGACGUGGGACUGACCAACGAGACAAUCUUGUCCCUGAACUCAACUGUUCAGAACUUGACCGUACGAGUUGCAGCCUACACUGGUGCUGGAGACGGGCCCUGGAGCAAGGCUAUCAUGGUUUUCUCCCCGGGAUCAGCUGAAACACUAACAGAUCCUCAGCCAGUAGGACUCUCCACACCUGCCUUCUCCUGGCACUGGUGGUAUGUGGUGAUCGCGGUGGCCACUGUCAUGGCAGCCACCAUCUUCAUUAUCAUCUUCUUUGCACGUAUGAGGAAAAAGGAAACACGCUAUGGGGAAGCAUUUGAGCCUCGUAUGGAACAGGGGGAGCUGGUGGUUCACUAUCGUGUCCGCAAAUCGUACAGCCGCCGGACCACUGAAGCCACUUUGAAUAGUCUGGGCAUUAGCGAGGAGCUGAAGGAAAAGCUUCAGGAUGUAAUGAUUGACCGCCAUAAAGUGACACUGGGGAAGACCCUCGGUGAAGGAGAAUUUGGAUCUGUCAUGGAGGGCCAGCUCAGCCAAGAUGGGGCUGUCUUUAAAGUAGCUGUCAAGACAAUGAAGAUUGCCAUAUGCACCCGCAGCGAGAUGGAGGAUUUCCUCAGUGAGGCUGUUUGUAUGAAGGACUUUGACCACCCCAACGUCAUGAAGCUGAUCGGAGUCUGUCUACAAAACACAGAAAGUGAAGGAUAUCCGUCCCCUGUUGUGAUCUUGCCAUUCAUGAAACAUGGUGACCUGCACAGCUUCCUGCUAUAUUCCCGGCUCGGAGAGAGCCCAGUGUACCUGCCCACGCAGACUCUGGUUAAGUUCAUGGCAGACAUUGCAAGUGGAAUGGAAUACCUCAGUAGCAAGAACUUCAUCCAUCGUGACCUCGCUGCCCGCAACUGCAUGCUAAACGAAAGCAUGACAGCCUGUGUGGCUGAUUUUGGCCUCUCCAAGAAGAUCUACAAUGGCGAUUAUUACCGCCAAGGUCGUAUCUCCAAGAUGCCAGUGAAGUGGAUUGCCAUUGAGAGCCUGGCAGAUCGGGUUUACACCACCAAGAGCGAUGUGUGGUCAUUUGGUGUCACCAUGUGGGAAAUUGCAACACGAGGCCAGACGCCCUACCCAGGGGUGGAAAACAGUGAAAUUUACGACUACCUACGUCAAGGCAACCGCCUCAAACAGCCGAUUGAUUGCCUCGAUAGUCUGUAUGAGCUGAUGAUGAGCUGUUGGGCGCUGAAUCCCCGGGACCGUCCCUCUUUUGAAAUCCUAUGUGAGGAGCUGGAGAAGACCCUCAAGUCACUCCCACCGGCCAAAGAUCCUGAGGAGAUCCUCUACGUCAAUAUGGACGAUGGAGUGGCCCCCACAGAGGCAGAGCUGGGUGCCGUUGGGGGCUUGGGCCCUGAGGAGGCACUGGCCAAGGAAAGCCAGCUGCUGAAGACCACGGUGACGGCAGCUGAGGUCCAUCCCCCGCAGGCGAAGGGCCGCUACGUGAUGUGUCCCACUCCCCACGAGAACAGCCGGUUGUUGACCGAGGCCCUCAGCUGUGCCGCUACUGAGGAAGGAGCCUAAAAGGGAGGAUCUGGAGGCACAUGAGCUGCGGGGUAGAAGUUGCAAGAUGCCCUGCUGGUGACGCUCCCUGUCCCCUCCAGGAGGAGAGUUCCAAAGACAAACCCUUGAGACUCACACCCAUCCUUUCCACAAGGAAUCACUCUCCUGAUUCUGCUGACCUCUGUCCCUUGUUGGGAUGCAAAAGGUCCUCCUUUCCUUGGUCAACUCUCCUUGAUAGAGUGAUUUGAAGCAGGCCACCCUUGCCUGGGUCUCAUAGCCACUUUUUCUCCAUAUCUUGGCACAGGCAUCCUUCUUUGCUUACAUCAGACGAAACCAGAUAGCAGAUUCUGAGAUGCAAAGAUGGGGAAGAGAGGGAGUACUUCUCAGGAUCCAGCGGGGAGGGGCUCGUGGUUAACUUGGCAGGACACAGGUUGUCCCUGUCCCCUUUCCCACUGCUAAAGGGAAGACAGCCACCUGAUCUCCCUUUUUCUGCCUUUCUUCCAUCCCAAAUGUCUACCUGAUGAGUACCAGGAAUCUUUUGCUUCUCGAUGCUGUGUAGCAGCCUGAUACACCAAUCACUUUAUAGCCAGUGUUUCUCAACCUUGGCAAUUUGAAGAUGUGUGGACUUCAACUCCC